GGGUAAAGUGCGCUGAUAUAGGUCAUCUGAGUGUUCUCAUUCCUAUGUCCCCUCCCUGAGUGUUCUCAUUUCCAUGUCCCCUCCCUGAGUGUUCUCAUUCCCAUGUCCCCUCCCUGGCCGCGGAAUGUCUCGCUUCGUUCUCCCAUCUUCAUGAUGGCUCUCCCCCACAACACACACCCACCCACCCACCCACCGAAUCACACACACACACACACACACCCCAACACACACACACCCACACACACACGUCCUCCCCCUCCACCCACACCCAGCACAGAGCAGCCGGUCGUCCGGCCCGCACGCACUCUCGAUUCGAGUACACAUGACUGCCUGGCAAACAGCCACACAGACACACUGUGGGACACAUGGCCACAGAUGCACUUAUCGAUUACAAAGACACACAGACACGACGAAGAAACAAACUACCGGCGAUGGCACUUGAGCUGCAAGAGAUGUCUCCUUCCCUCCCACCCCCACAUGCAAACACACACACAUGCACGCAGGCAGGCAGGCAGCAUGCCACACGCAGACGCAAGACACGCAUCAACAAGGCUUGUUCUACUUGCUGCACUGCACUGCACAGUCAGUCAGUCGAUGUACGGGUGGUGAAUGGAAUGAGACGAUAGAUACUUGUGGACCGACCGACCAAGACAGAAAACAUGGCGACAAAGAGGGACGAAUACGCACGUGUGUGUGUGUGUGUGUAUGUGUGUAUGGUGCAGGCCCACGCACACGAGAGAGUGAGCAUAAGUGUGUGUGUGGCCGAGUCAGUCGAGUGCCUGUCUGUGAUGGAUAUCAUUGGAGGCCGGAUGCGUGGAUAAAAAUGACUGACUGUAUGACGUGACGUGCGUGUUGUGUGUCAUCGGACUCUCUCGCCCCCACGGAGGCGAGCACAAAUCAAAUACGAUCAUGCAGCCAGCAAACUUGAGGCAUGCAACGCAGCCACGCACCCCCCCGCCCGACACAGACGCCCCAGCAUUUAUUUGCUCAUCCACCGAGGGAGCAAAAUAAAUCAGUGAAUAAACGCAUCCACGCAGACAGACAACGAAUAAUAACACGACAACACAGGAAGGAACGAAGGAAGAUCGACCGAGCGAAUCGUCCGCUCACCGCCCGCCUAGGGUCUGAGAAGGUUGCGUCCUGAGCCAUUCUCAGCCUCGUCCGGCUCCUCGAAGGCGGCCUCAAAGACAUGAAGCAGCUCAGUGCUGUUCAGCUCAUCGAACUGGACCACGGGUAAAUUGUCAAAGGUAGUGUCAUUGCCGUGACGGGGCACAGGCUCUGACACGCCAAUGGGUCUCCCACCGGGGCAAAAGAGGGUGAUUCUAGUCUGAUCAGCACCACUUCGUUCUCUGAUACCGUUGAAGCUCUGAAACAAACGGACACACUACUGCAUAGACGCAACGGCAUCUCGAGAUGUGCCUCCAGACUUACAGAUCCGAAACAAUCUAUGGGGGCGUCGCCGGUCCAGCGCACUAUGCCUUGGUCGCGGCGUCGGGCGAAAGCCACCCAGGUGUGGAAGCCGCCAAUGUGGUCGACAUCUCUGCGAGACACACAUAACACGACUGUACCGCGCGGGCGGGAUACUGAGCAUUCCAUAUCUCACUGGAUUGUCGCGCAUUGGCCACGAGCGACGCUGGGGGUCUCCGGAAGAAAUCCGAAACGACAUUCGGGAGAGUCGAAACUCUGGGGAAAAACUCUGAUAAUCAUCAAGGGUGAAAAGGUCAGGGGGCAGUUGUUGCACAAGAUAAAGGUGUGGGCUGAGAUCCCAGGCAGGUGAAUCGACGCGCUGAGCAGAGCCAGGGCAAUCGCAGCGAAAGAGCGGGCCAUGCUGAGAGAAAGAAGGCUGAGAGUUCUGACGGCCGGGUGGACAGUGUCUGUCAAGGCCUGGCGGUCCCUCUCCUUGCCGCACUGCUUCCGUUAGCGUCUUCGGUUAGCGUCAUCUUUCGAAUUCGGAUCGCAGGCGUUGGCCACCUUCGCCAUCUGCCAUUAAUUCGCCGGGGGGAGGAGAUCACAGGAGACCAC